AUGUCAUUUGAUUGUAGUUUUCCACAUAAACAUGUUCUAGCUGUUUGUUGCUUGAUGGACUGGGAGAUUAUUACCUCUUUGGCAAAUAAGUGGGUUGGCAGCAGCAAAGUUUUAUUCUAUGAAACUUUUUUUGUCUCUCAAACACCCUGUGUUUGUCUAAAUUUAGUAAUCGAUGCUUUACCGUUUUUGACACGCUUUGUGCAAUGCCCAGAAGGAGAAUUGCAAAAACGGAAAGAGGUUGUACACACAGUAACCUUACAUGAAAUUGAUGUCAUCAACAGUCGGACACAAGGCUUUCUUGCACUGUUUUCAGGUGAUACUGGUGAAAUAAAGGCUGAAGUAAGAGAGCAAAUUAACUGUAAAGUUGCUGAAUGGCGAGAAGAAGGAAAAGCUGAAAUUGUUCCUGGUGUAUUGUUCAUUGAUGAAGUGCAUAUGUUAGACAUUGAAUGUUUCUCAUUCUUGAACCGGGCUUUAGAAACUGAUAUGGCUCCUGUACUGGUAAUGGCUACAAAUCGUGGUAUCACACGAAUUCGUGGAACCCAGUAUUUAAGUCCUCAUGGUAUUCCAAUAGAUCUUCUGGACCGUUUACUGAUCAUUUCUACUUCUCCUUAUGAAGAUAAAGAAAUAAAACAGAUUCUCAAGAUCAGAUGUGAAGAAGAGGAUGUGGAAAUGAGUGACGAUGCCCUCACUGUUCUCACACGUAUUGGUAUGGAGACAUCUGUUCGUUAUGCUAUUCAGCUCAUUACAACUGCAAAUUUAGUAUGCCGGAAGCGAAAGGGUACUGAAGUUGAUGUGGAUGACAUAAAGAGAGUCUAUUCAUUGUUUUUGGAUGAGUCGCGUUCAACUCAAUUUCUCAAGGAAUACCAGCAAGAAUUUAUGUUUAAUGAACUUGCAGAAAACAUGGACACUAAUUAGGUGUGAGGAAGAAGAUAACAGAACACCUUGUAUCAACACCUUAAUGCAUUGCCAACUUGUUGUGAAGCUUUAUUUAGUAUCAUUAAGAAAUAUUCUAUCUUCAAUCAUUCAAACAAUUUUAAGUAAAUAAAAUGAAAUUUCAAUUCAA